AUGUACCAAGCACACAUUCUAACCUACCAUAUAUUGUUUAUUAAACAGGACUUUACGUCAGAUUUCUAUUUCCGCCAGUCGUGGCGCGACUCGCGGCUGGCAUUCAUGAAAAGGCCGGGCAUUGACGCCCUGUUCGUGGGGGCGGAGGUGUCGGACAAGAUAUGGGUGCCUGAUACUUUUUUCGCCAAUGAAAAGUCCGCUCAGUUCCAUAGGGCCACCACUGAAAACACGUUUAUCCGCAUUAAAUCCAAUGGCGAAGUGUUACGCUCAAUUAGAUUAACCAUCACAUCCUCCUGUCCAAUGAAUUUACAAUACUUUCCAAUGGAUCGCCAGAGUUGUACGAUCGAGGUCGAAAGCUGUGAGUAA